AUGUCAUCACCACAGUUUAUUGCGCCUAUGAUGGAGGAUGGAUCGAUUGCAGACCUGGCUGAAAGAGCACGCCAGCUCCUCGUUUGUUGUCAAGAAAUCACAGAUGAGGAGUCCCGGUUUUUGGCGGGAGAACAACUGGCCCGCCUCAACGCGUGGGUCUCUAAUCAUGGGGUCUUUAAAGCGCAGCACGCGUCGCUCGACUACAAACUCCGGACGUCCCCUCUCAGAUAUGGUAUGGCAGGAAGUCUUAAAAUUGUCUGCGGACACGUUUUGGCAAUUCUCAAAGGUUCUCCAGAAGUGUCUGGUGAGGAAUAUCGUGGUAUUUUCGCGGCCCCUCGAUCAAAUGUCUUGACCAUUGCAAGAAAUCUGUUGUCAAAGUCAACUUCUGAUGAAAGCAUGAGAGUGAAGAAGCUGGAACUUGUCGAAGACAUGAUUACCAGAAUUAACCAGCUCUCUCUUGGCGCUCAACGAGAGAUGUAUGGGAAUGGCUUGAAAGAGAUCCCCGAACUCCUUUACUUUGACACGCAGGAUGCCAUUCUUCCAGAGCGAAGAGAUAAUGGUGCCAAUAUGGAACCCCCUGUUGAUGACCUCCAUUCCGAUAUUGGAUCUGAGUUUGAAGAUUUUGUUCGACAAGCCUUGAAAUAUAGAUGUCCUCUGUUUAGCUCAAGGAACGAGGAAGAUCUCGACGACGAACAGAAAGGCUACCGGCUAACGCUUCUCGAGCGAUGUUCAUCAAUUAUAUCAAUCCGCAGACGGGAACUGGAAUAUUUCCGAAGCCACCAAAAUAAGCUCCACAGUGUGUACAAGAAUCCCAAGAUCAACCACACACACAUAUUAUCGGAUAGCCCUUCCAAUCACGCCUGGAAAGAGACAUUUGUUUCGGAGUCGAUUAUGACAAACUUCGAGCCGCCACUGGCAAGCUCAGCUAUAUCCUCUUCUGCGGUUGUCGAGGCAGAUGAGGGUUUCGGAGGCGGACGGCUGCUCGACGUACCGCCACCCCCUAAGCUCGUCGGAGGCGAGAAAGAGAAGUCGUGUCCCUACUGUUAUCUAAUGUUGCCGGCCAAGACAUUCUCGGUGCGGGAGAAUGCGAAGCAUUGGGAGCGGCAUCUCAUGGAAGACCUGCGCCCCUGGAAGAGACAUCUUAGCCAGCCUCACUACCGAGGGUGGCAGUGCUCUUCACACGCAAAGCACGCAAACAGCUGCGCAACUGAUGAGGCGCCAUUCAGAUUCUCUACCGUGGAAGAGGUCCAGAAGCAUAACAAGGCUGUGCAUGCGAACUAUUACCUAUUGUCUGCCGAGGAAAUUUUCAAAGGAGGACAGCUGGUAGCCUUACCGCAAUGGUGUUUCAUCUGCCUCGAAUCACUUCCUCAGCCUGACGAGUUGCUGAGGCACAUGGCCGACCAUUUUAAAUCUCUGUCUUUGUUGGCGCUGCCUUGGCGUGACAGGGUUGCCAGUCUGAGUGACAAAUGUAGCAACAACGAGGACGAUGAGCGAGCCGCUUCCCUAGAUGAAACGGAGGAGCCGGCGAUGGGACUAACCGAAAAGUUCAAGAAGCAAAGAUUUGCCUCUAUGCUUUUGGCCAUCAAUAACAUCCCCAUCGCUCACCAAGACCGCUUGGAGAAAUGGGCCUAUGACUGCAGGUGGAGAGAGGAUGCAACGACAGGCAUCAGAGAGACAGUCAUCAAAAACACCUUCGCCAGAGAGACAGGCAUCAAAAAUACCACUGUUAAAAGCACCGUCGCUAAUGACACAGUCAACAAAGCCACCGUCGCCGUCAAAGAUAUUGCCGUCAAAGCCACCGAUGUCAUAGGCGCCUUCGCCAGAGAGAGAGAGUCGUCAAAGUCACUACCAUACAAAGGACAGUUGUUAAAGGCGCCUUCGCCAGAGAGAGAGUCGCCAAAGACACCAUCAUCAAAAAUACAGUCCUUAAAGACACAGUUAUCAAUGAUGAAGCCGUUAAUGGUACAGUCGUCAAAGGCACAGAGAUCGGAGAUACAGUCGCCAAAAGUGCAGUCGCCAAUAACACGGUCGCCAAAAUCACAGUCGCCAUACAGAAACUCGCACGAGUACAUCCAUGCGCAAAGUUCGCCCACGCCUCGUGCCCGCAGCCUCUGUCACGGGUCAGCAUUGGCAAGUGGUUUCCGGUGGUAA